UCUGUUUGUGAAAAAUUUUAAAAUGAUUGCAACCGGAGUUAAUGUAAGAUUGGAGCGGUGGCCCAAAAUAUCAGUACAUCAGUUUACUACAACUACAAUUCAGAGUGCCCUGGAAGCUUCAUCGAUGGUAAUGUCUGCGUCACGCGUUCAUCUUCAUCUUCUUCGAAAACCCUUUACAUGCAGUAGUAGAAGCUUUGGCGACCACGAAUUGACCCAAAACUUGGAUAACCUACAGUUCAUAUGGGGCAAGAAGUCGCUCAGUGAUCUCAGCACUUGGGGCAUCGGAGGCCGGUGUAAGAUUUUCGUUCAAGUCUUCAACCAAACGCAGCUCCUCUCCGCCGUCAGGUAUUGUAGAGAGCGCUCUGAGAGGUUUUUGAUCGUUGGGAAAGGUUCAAAUUGUCUUUUCGAUGACCAGGGAUUCGAUGGCUGCGUUAUACUCAACCGGAUCGACUUUCUGGAGAAGGUGGAACCCGGGGUUUAUCGGGUCGGAAGUGGAUACCCGUUUAACCGUCUGGGCGUGCAGACCGCGAGUGAAGGCUUCACCGGGCUAGAAUUCGCCGGCGGUGUUCCCGGGACUGUUGGUGGCGCUGCUUACAUGAACGCCGGUGCAAAUACCCAGGAGGCCGGUGACUGUAUUCAUACCGUCGAAAUCAUCACCACCGGCGGUCAAACUCGGGUACUAGGAAAACCCGAACUGGAUUUUGGUUAUCGAUCAUCGCCAUUUCAAGGGAUGAAGGACCUAGCAUCCAUCACUGCAGUUACAUUCAAGCUCAAGUUUUCUCAAGAUGCCAAACAAAAACAAAUGGAAUAUUUAGAAAGAAGAAAAAGGAGUCAACCACUGGGAGAGAGAACUGCAGGUUCAGUGUUCAGAAAUCCAUCUGAUUUGGAUGUUUCAGCAGGAGAACUGAUUGAGAGAGCUGGAUUGAAAGGGUUCAGAAUUGGGGAGGCUAUGGUCUCAGAAAGACAUGCAAAUUUCUUCAUAAACCGCGGGGGCGCAACUUCUCACAACAUGCUAGAGCUUAUAGCACUGGUUAAGGAAAUGGUUCAUCAGAAGUUUGGUGUGCAACUCAGGGAAGAAGUCUUAUACAUCCAAUGAUCCAUGGGAAAACAAAGCAGGAUUUCUGGUUAGAGCUUUGGUUAUGAAAUGAACAAGAAUUCCAAUGGGGCAAAAGAGCAAGCAUAGCGACACCGAAUGCCGGAUCUCCACAUCAUUCUGCAGUCCAUCUUGGUAUACUUGCCUGUUAAACAUCAUUCAGCAUUCAUUACAAUUUUCAGUACCUGUCUUAGCAUCAUCCUUCCUAUCCCCCCCAAAAAAAUAAAGGAAAAAGUGCGAUUCUGACCAUUCAAUUGCUAGCCUUUAUAGUUGUUUUAGCCCUUGACUAUCAUAAAGGAGCAAAUGUCACUCUCAAUUAUUUCAAACCGUUACGAUUUCAGUUCUCUGCUAACGGCCCCAAAAAAAACUUCAUUAGGGCUUGAAAAACAUGUGUAGUUCCAUAUUAUUUUAGCAUGCAAUGCCCAUACUUUCACAGCCCUAACAGGCUUCUUUAAACUGUUAGCGGAAUGGCUAAAAUCUGGAAUAAUUGAGUGACAUUUGCUCAUGCAUGAUAGUCCGUGACUAAAAAGACUAAACACCAACAAUUGAAGAUCAAAAUCACACUUUUCCCUAAAAUAAACGAGAGGAAGGUAAAAACAAAUGGUGGAAAUACGCGUAUAUAUGUAUUUAAGAACAUAAGAUGGUACCUUGCAGCAAAAAGAUCCACAGCCAAGAGAUGGAUCCAUGCAGAAGCUAAUGUCAUCUCAUUGGCAAACAUCCUAGCUAUACCUGGAAGCUGGGCAUAGUACAUGAGAGAAUAUUGUGCACUUAAAUGCAUUAGUUCUUGUUCUGUUCUCAUUUAAAAAAGAAUAAAACAAAACACCAUUCCCCCAAAAAAGGAAUUCGAGAUAAAUUCUGCUUUAUAUGGAGUAGUUGAGUACACACCUCUGGCAGCAAGUAUUGGCUAGCAAACAUCAGCCGUAUCGUAUCAGGCGUCCAAGAGAGAUAUAGAAGAUAGCCGUACAAUAGUCCAAGCGCAAUAAAAGGUAUGCCACUUUCCAUUAAGUUUUUGGUCUGCAUUUUAAACAAGCAAUAAGCAUUCUAUCUA